AGAAAACAUGUCCAUGUGUGUGUCGAAAAUGGCGUCGUCUCCUGAAAUGGCGUUGAUAUUAAUAACAUUAUCAAUUCUUUCAAAUGAUUUAACAAACGCAGUUACUAGCCCAGGAACAGUAUCAACACAAGGAGCUGCAACAAGUGAUAUAACAAAUUUAAAACCCAACUCCGAGCCUGCGGUCACAACACUAUAUGGCAACUCAACCGAGGCAACCGCAGCGACUUCGGGAUCAUUAAAAACAAUAGCCGAUCAAACGGAUGCAACUAAUGUGACUGAAAUGAUAACGGAGUUUGUGACGGAAUAUUAUACCAUUAAUAUCACUGAGGUCGCAACUGAGGAGAGCAGCAUAAACACCACCGAGACAUAUACAGAAUUCAUCACUGAAAUUCAAACGGUUACCGAAGUCGCCACUGAAUUGAGUACCAACGACACAACAGAGGAGAGCACUAUGAACAUCACCGAGACAUACACAGAAUUUAUCACUGAAAUUCAAACGGUUACCGAAGUCGCCACUGAAUUGAGUACCAACGACACAACAGAGGAGAGCACUAUGAACAUCACCGAGACAUACACAGAAUUUAUCACUGAACUUCAAACGGUUACCGAAGUCGCAACUGAAUUAAGUACCAUCGACACAACAGAGAUUGUCAGUGAAAUUGUGACAAUGUAUUCCACUGAUAUUAUAACGGAUGAUACAACAGAGGUCCCCACAACAAGCUUGCCCACUGGAACGGAUUAUGUUACUGAGGUAACUUCAGAGACAGAUUUUAUGCCUUCGGACACAUUUAUGACGACAGUUGAUGAAUCUUCUAACCUGACCACUACGAGAAUCUCCAACGUGACUGUUAACCAAACUUUUGAGACAACCGAAGCAACCGCGACAGAACUCACUUCCGUAUCUGAAGCGACACCAGAUAACACAACCUCGCUUUCGACCGCCAACUCCACCGGCGCCACUGCUUCUCCAGCAUCUACCAAUUCAAUAUCUACAGGAGUCACUACGCCACUAGAAGGAUCAACCUCGGCCCUGAUGACUACUUCUGAAGCAACCAUCACGACAGAUCUCACUACUGUAUCUGAAACGACACGAGAUAAAACAACCUCGCUUUCCACCGUCCACUCCACCGGCACUACUGAUUCACCAGCAUCGACCAAUCCAAUAUCUACAGGGGUCACCACGCCGGUAGAAGGAUCAACCUCGGCCCUGAUGACUACUUCUGAAGCAAUCAUCACGACAGAUCUCACUACCGUAUCUGAAACGACACCAGAUAAAACAACCUCGCUUUCCACCGUCCACUCCACCGGCACUACUGAUUCACCAGCAUCGACCAAUCCAAUAUCUACAGGAGUCACCACGCCGGUAGAAGGAUCAACCUCGGCCCUGACGACUACUUCUGAAGCAAUCAUCACGACAGAUCUCACUACCGUAUCUGAAACGAUACCAGAUAAAACAACCUCGCUUUCCACCGUCCACUCCACCGGCACUACUGAUUCACCAGCAUCGACCAAUCCAAUAUCUACAGGGGUCACCACGCCGGUAGAAGGAUCAACCUCGGCCCUGAUGACUACUUCUGAAGCAAUCAUCACGACAGAUCUCACUACCGUAUCUGAAACGACACCAGAUAAAACAACCUCGCUUUCCACCGUCCACUCCACCGGCACUACUGCUUCACUAGCACCGACCAAUCCAAUAUCUACCGGGGUCACCACGCCGGUAGAAUCAACCUCGGCCCUAAUGACCAGGAUGACUACUUCUGAAGGAAGAACGACCGAAUCAUUCUCAGCAGGUGUGACCACUGUCUCUGCAUCUACGUCUGUAGAAAGAACAACAACAGCUACAACCACGGUUCCGACUACGGCAACUACCGAUUUAACGACAACAGAAUCAUUUACCACAGAAGUAUUGUCUACCACACCUGCAUCCACGUCAAUAAAAGUUACAACUACGUCUCAGACAACUGCCCCAAUCGCCCCAACAACGAUAACUGCUUAUCCGACAUCAAUCCCGCCAAAAAGAACGACCUUCCAGCCGACCACCACUACCACGACUACCACUGAUUCAGCAACGACUGCAAGGUUUUCGACAAGGGUUACAACUGCCUCUGCAUCCACGCCAAGAAAGGAAGCAACGUCGAGGUCAACGAUGCGUUCAACAACACCCAUGGUCGAAACCACCACGGAGAUUCGAAUGACGACUAAGAGGACGGUUGAUGAUGAACUAAAAGAACUCGAGGAGACUCCUGUAACGGAGGAGAAUGUCGAGGAAGUCUCGCAGGAGCUGGCUGAACUCACUGAAGAUGCAGAGGAAAUGACGUCAGAUGGAGUGGAGACCACAGCUGAAAUCCUAGGAAACAUCACAGCACUGAACUCAUCAGAACCCGAGGUAACUACUGCUGUUGUAGAAACAGUCAACAAUCUUAUGGAUGUCGAUGAGGCUCAGCUAGAAGAAGCAGCCAAUGAAGGAGCUACAAACAUGGCCGUGCAGUCCCUUGAAGCACAGCUUCAAUUUGUUAAUGUGUCAGCAUCAAAUGGAACAUAUAAAGACGUCCAGCCAAAUCUUGGAGUACAGGUUAGUGAAUAUCCACCGGAAGAACUUACGGAAGGCCUGACCUUUACCUACGCUACUAAUGACCCGGAAGGGGUACUUCUGCCCGAACAUAUGACUGUCUCUAAAGGUAACUCCACUGCGAAGACUGGGUCAGAACAGGUACAGGCUCAACUCUUCCUCCCUCCAUCUAUCGGAGAUGCGAUCCGGAACAAGAACAACACUCGGGUGUCAUUCGUACUCUAUCGGACAACUUCGCUGUUUCCCUCUCGGUCGUUGCUUGCUUCUAAUAAGGGCAAGGCAUAUGACCGGACAUCGAAUACUCGUAUCAUCUCUGCGUCCAUUGAUGGGAUGACCAUCUCUAACCUGUCAGAACCAGUCGUGACGUCAUACCAGCCGAUCAUUGGCAUCAACGACACGCUCAGCGACGAUGAAAUCGUUGUCAAUAUCACCAACCCCGCGUGUGUCUUCUGGGACUUCGAAGCUGAUGACGGCUACGGAAACUGGUCAUCAGAAGGAUGUCAACUGGUAGGAACGGACAACGGUACCGAUGACGAGUUUCGAUGUCAGUGCAAUCAUCUUACGAACUUUGCCGUCCUCAUGGACAUCUACGGAGGAUCGACGCUGGAUGAGUAUUGGACAUUCAUCCUUGACGUCAUGAGCUAUGUUGGGUGCAGUCUCUCCAUCUUCCUUCUCUUGGUUACCCUGUCAACUUAUCUUUACGUAAAGAAACUGCGUACUCCUCAGCCGAGUCGAAUCCUUAUGUGCCUCUGUACAUCACUUCUCUUCCUCUACAUCUUCUUCAUCAUCCUUGCAUCACUUAAGAACGUUACCAUGGCAACAUGUGGUACCAUCGUGGGAUUUCUUCACUUCUCCCUCCUCUCUUCCAUUGCGUGGAUGGCCGUGGAAAGCUUUAACAUGUACAUCAUGGUCAUCAAAAUCUUUGACCGAGGGGCUAUUCAAAAUUUCAUGAAGAAGGCCGCUGUUUUUACGAUAGGCGCACCGGCUCUGAUCGUUAGCCUAACUGGAGGAAUCGCUCAACAAGGCUAUAUGAGAUAUGAAGAUGGGUUAUGUGGUUUCUUGACCGAGAUUCCAAUGAUAAGCGGAGUACUUGUUCCCAUCGGAGUAGUCAUCAUCUACGAUACCAUCAUCUUCAUCAUGGUUAUCCGGCGUCUAUCACGUAAGGUCCCUGGAAGACAGGUCACCAAACCUAUGUAUAAAGAGCGCCUCCGUCGUCUUCAGAACGCAACGGCUCUUAUCGUACUGAUGGGUUUGACAUGGGCAGUUGGAUUCCUCACAGCAAUAGAGGGUGCAUCUUUAGCCGUCCAGAUAAUCUUCAUCAUCUUAAACUCACUCCAGGGCUGCUUCCUGUUUAUCUUCUACUGUCUCCGCAAUCCUGCCGCGCGUUCCCUAUGGAGGAAGCUGUUCUGUCGCUGUCUGCCUCCCGUCGAGGAGUCUACAACUCGAGGAAGCAGCAAUGGAUCCCGGUCUCGUACACCCUCCACACCGGAUGAUAACGAACGGAAGAAAUGGUAUCAUGUAAAGGGUAAAGGAGGGUUUUAUGACCUCACAAAGGGAGGGAAGCGGGGAAAGACAUCAGAGGCAUCAUCGACAUAUGAGCUGGCAUCGGAAUCGAUGGUGACCUCCAACGAGCAGUUCUACCGAAAACAUGCUUCUCGCUCCGAUGUCACGGAUGACGUUUUUGAAGAGGGGAUCGAGAAUGGGGUCGAGACUGCUUACGAACACGACGAAGUCGACAAUCUUUGAAAACUGUGAAACUAUGAAUAUCCCGCGGCAAGAAUGUAACGUCAUGAUGAACCCCGCACACAGAGAUUAUUUAAAAAACACAUAAACUGUCUCUGAACUGCCGUUUUCCUCCAUUAUGUGAUUUUAUCAACACUUUUUUUGCCAUGUAUUACACGAUUGACAGUUUUAUGAACAGUAUUUUUCAUUAUUUUUUGGACAAAUUGUUAUCUUGUUAACUUUGAGUACCAUUUGCGUCUUUAAUGUCUUGUUAGAUAUCGCUUGUAUUAUAGUUCCCACAAUUUCAUAAUUUGUUUUCUAUAGUGUGCUUAUUCUGCAUUUACCGAUGUCAGUAUUUAUUCAAAUACGAAAUGUGAAAGCUGGGCUUUCUGAUGAUUUCUAUGGCAAAUUGCAUUUGGUUAUAGAAAUUGUUUGGAAUGUUGGAAUGAAAUAGAUUGGUCAUGAACGGAAUAUUAACGUAUUAGGCCUAUCACGCCCAUAAAGCCCCUAUUCUGAAACUGCGGCAGUGCGAGACACUUCCUGCAGCGCGCCGGUGAUUUUGAAGUGGAAAAAAAAAUAAACAUUCAAACUUAAUAGGAAAUACACUGAUAAUUGUACUCAUUAAGUCCAAUAGAAGUGCACUGUUAGACGCCCAUCUCAUCCAAUUAAUGAGAAUCACAAUCAGCGAUAUAUUCCAGUUUCCAGCGUAUUGGCUGCCCCUUGCCAUAUGCCACUCCUUGAGAAUAUUUAAGAAAGGGGGAAGAUAUACUUUGUGUAAUAAUUCUCGCCUACAUCACUGGUCUGAAGGGCGUAGGCUAGUUUGAGCAUGGGAAGGUGCACAUCCUGGAUAGAUGGAAAUAGUGUGGUAUGGGGUGCACAUCUUGUGGAGGUGGAACUAAAGUUUGGAAAAUCAGCCGUUGAAAGCAGAAGGGGUACAAAUUCCGUUUAUCUUGCCUAUGUCGGAACUCUUUUGCCUCAGCGGGAGGGUGCAUGCACGUGUACCCCAGCCUACGCCCUUGAUACAUACUUUGAUAUAUUACAUAGCUUAUGUAGAUUCGAAUCAGUGAUAGGUCAAUACGCCAUCACGUGAUCAUAGCUGCGAGGAUCGCAUUUGUUAUAUUCUAGGUUUGACCUCACCUCAGGGAAUUUACUUAUAUAAUAUUGACUGGCCUUGAGGGAGAUACCAAAUAUAUUUCCCAAACUAGUCUCAUAUUGCCCCGAGUCGGAGACGAGGGCAAUAUGGGUCUAGUGAGGGAAAUAUUUUUGGUAUCUCCCGAAAGUAACGCCAGUCAAUAUUAUUAUUAUUACCUGUUACAUCUUUCUGGUACAUUAAAUUAACAUGUUGAUAGAUUAUAUAACUAAAUUGUUGGACUUACCUUGGUCAAGCCUCUAGUGUCAAUUCUGCACUUUACCAUUAGACG